AUGGCGCAGAAGCCACCCGUGUCCUUGCCUCUCUUGCCUUUGUCGCUGCACCCGACACGGUCGACCGCGGUGUGGGCCGUGGGGCGCUUCCUCUUCGCUUACGACCUCCAGCUUUGCACCUGGCAGGUGCGACGUCGCGAGCUGCAUGGUGAGGCUAUCCGCGCCCUGGAUGCUUGUCCACAGGCUGCGGGGAAGACGGUCUGGCUAUCUGCAGGGGAUGACAAGAUGGUGAUGACCUGGGCAGAGGAAGGAGGCGACUGGGAGCUCCAGCACUCCUUCAGCAACCCGAAGAAGAUCACUGCCGCUCUCUUCGACAAAGAUGGCCGCGUUGUUUUCGGCGAUCGCUUCGGUGAUGUCUUGCGAUGGGUUCCCGGCGAAGGUGACGCCCAGCUUCUAUCCAGUCACUUUGCCAUGGUCACAGCCAUGGCGUUCACUCCAAGUGGUUCGCACCUAGUCGUGGGCGACAAUCACGAGAAAGUGCGAGUAAGCCGCUACCCCGAGACGGCCGACAUUCGCAGCUUCUGCUUCGGGCACACAUCGCAGAUAACUGCGGUCUCCACUCUGUGCCUCGAAGGCGAAGAGCGUUUGCUCUCGGCAUCUGCCGAUGCCACGCUCAGACUUUGGACGCUGGAUGGGGAAGAGUGCAAGAGCAUCUCGGCAACCGAAGGGCUUAAGAUUUAG